UCAGGGUAACUCGGCUCGUCUGCAUUCCUCCUCUGUCUCCACAGCCUGGCGGAUAGAGAGAGAAAGAAAAGGAGGGGGGGAGAAAAURGGCAUUAUUAUUCACAACCGUAUAGGAUUUUUUUUUUUAUGAAGCACGGUUUCGAGUCUGACACAUCAGGCCACGAAAUAUAACCCCCCUUCCACACGGCUGCCACGGAACUACAGUAUCAGGGAGGAGGGGGAAAAAAUACGUGUUUUUAUAUUUUUACGAAGAACUUUUGCCUCGAUGUAUGUGCGUGUAGGUCAGCCAUCGAAAAAGCAGCUCUGAUGAAACAACCAACAGCCUUUUCAAGGCGGAUAUCUCCUUUUUUUAAAUGAGGAUUUGCAAGAUGGCUGAUGACAGCUAGCCCCAACAAGGACAAGAACCGCGACGUCCCCUUUAAGACCAGGAGGGUAUAUUUUUGUAUUUUUAUUAGCUUGAAAUAUAAAUUUAGCCGGCUGUAAAUAAAAUAUGACCACGGCCUAUGUUAGCGACGGCCGUCCUUGUGCGAAAUCGGACUUUGUGCGGAGUUUAAAUGCACCUGCGCUGUGGUAGAAAAUGGUGAGGUGACGUCUGAGGUAAUUUACGCGAUUUAAGUCGAGAUAAGGAAGUAAGCUAAUAUGUUGCUAGCUGAAGGCUGAGGCUUCGAACGGGCGAGUAAAAGUGGAGACUGAAGCUUGAAGAGACGGUACGAGGGGGGAAAAUAAUGUUAUUAAUCUCAGUGUGAGGAGAUAUUUGAUAGAUGUGUCGGAGGGAGAAGCGGAGGGGGGGUUAGCGGAACAGCGGCCAACAUUCCUGCGGAUCCUAAAACCCUUUGUUUUGUGCGCAGGAGCCGGGCUGGACCAUUAAAACGAUUAACUAUGCAGUAAACAGGCUCGAAAUGAUGGCCCGGGCAUGAUUUUCGGUCUAAUGAGAUUAUAAGGCCUUUUGUUGUCGAGCGAGAGCUGGUGUAAAAAAAAAAAAAAGCCGAGGCCUUGUGUACAGAUAUGCCAAACAUAUAGCCGAGGUUAUCCAUCACAGAGAUGUCGCUUUUUAUGGCAGAUUAAAAGCCCGGAUGUAACCGUUUUAUCCAUCUGACCAUUACAGCGGCACCUUUUAUUACCUUGCUGCCAAGCCGUCGCAGGUUGUAUAUUUAAUUAAACUGCUGGUGGAGCUUCACCGGAUACUUAUUUAUUAUUCAGUGGACAGAAAUGAUUGCGCUGCGUUAUUAUUGAGGGAAUCAGGCGUCCUUGAGAUCCUGAUUAUUACAGAUUCAGGUUUUGUGGAUAGUAACCAGGGUGUGGACUUGAGUAGUCCUUUUAUUUUUUGUGUAUGUGUUGGUCUUUAUUAGUCAAUUAUAAUCCAACGUUUCCAAGUGAGUCAGGGGAGGAAGGCUCAGCAGAAAAGACCCAGGAGUCUUAUCAUGUGUCAUGUGGAUGCAUGUUGAAUUAAGUUGAUGGGUCAUGCUCUGUGCCUUGUUUGCGUUUCGUAGUUUUUACCUGUAGCAGACGGGCUUUUUGCUUCCUGCAGGCCUGUCAACGCACACAUACAGAGGCUGUGAAGGCAGGCCGGGGUGGUUUCUGUCUUAGUGGAAAGGAAAGCAYUGUUUCCUGUAAUCUGCAUAAAGUCAGCCCUUGUUUUAUGUGCUCAAAAGGUGUUGUCAUCCUUGCUGGAAGAGUCCUCUCGCCCGGUUUUCUGGAAUUUGCCUUCAUGCUGCAUUAAAAAGCAAUACAUCUGUCAGGGAGUCUUGUCUAAUUCAGCCACAAGGGUUUGCAUAUAAAUAUUGAUCUUUCAGGACAGCUUUGGACCUUUUAUCCUCAAGACUUGUUUUGGGAGUGUCAGGUUUCCUCUGAGAGGCCUUAGAGGUCUGGAAGAAGUGGAAAACUUGAGUUGCAUGCCCUGCCCGCGCCACCAUGGCCGCUGAUAUGGCUGAGACGUGGAGGAACUGUUUUGAGGAGGAGCUCAUCUGCCCCAUCUGCUUGCACGUGUUUUCUGAUCCCAUCCAGCUGCCCUGCAAGCACAACUUCUGCCGGGGCUGCAUCAGCGAGGCCUGGGCCAAAGACUCCUCGCUGGCCCGCUGCCCCGAGUGCAAUCACGCGUACGCGCAGAAACCCAGCCUGGAGAAGAACCACAAACUGUCCAACAUAGUUGAGAAGUACAACGCCCUGAGCGUGGAGAAGGCCGGCACGCCGGCGCCGCAGUGCAUCCUGUGCCGCCGCGGCCCGCCGCUGCCCGCCGUCAAGGUCUGCCUGCGCUGCAACGCCCCGUGCUGCCAGUCCCACAUCCAGACGCACCUGCAGCAGCCGUGCUCGGCCCUCGGGCACCUCCUGGUGGAGGCAGAGGCGGUGAAGGCCUGGACCUGCCCGCAGCACGACGAGUACAGGCUGUACCACUGCGAGGCCGAGCAGACGGCGGUGUGCCAGUACUGCUGCUUCGCCCGCUGCCACCCCAACCACGGACACGCCGUCACGGACGUGGAGCUGCGACGCAACGACAUCCGGCAAAACCUGUUGAAGCAGCAGGAGCGCGUGGAGGAGCGCGUGCAGGAGAUCGAAGAGCAGCUUUGCAAGCUUGAUUCCGACAAGUGUUCAGUGGAGGACCGGGUGUGCGAGCUGAAGGAGGAGGUGCGCCUGCAGUACCAGCGCAUGCACCAGCUCCUGGAGGAGGAUCUCGGCCGCACGCUGGAGGCCCUGGACCGGGCUCAGGCUCGCUUUUUUCAGGACAACGCCUCCCAGGUUCUGGCUCUGGGUGAGCAGCGCCACAAAGCCCAGAAGCUGAUGAGCUCCAUCAACACGGCCUUCGGCAAGGCUGAGGAGCUGAGCUUCAUGAAGAACACCAAACCUGUUAAAGUCCUCACAGACAGGUCUCAGGCGUGCGUAGGAAGCAGCCUUCCUCCUUACAAAGUUGGGAAUCUGAACUCAAAACUUUUCCUUUCUGAAAUUUCAAAAAGAGAGAAGAGCUUGAAGCGAACGCUUGAAGUUCCGAUCACCCCUCCAUCGACGUUCCUGCAGUCUGUCGCUGCAUUCCCCAGCGACCAGAGCUCCGGCUCCGGGGCGGAGAAGCGGAAACAUUCCACUGCCUUCCCAGAGGGAAACGGGAGCGCCGGCAAAACCGUCGCCCCAGGUUUUAAGGACUCCUCUUCAUCUUCCUCGUCUUCUUCCUCGUCGUUAGCCAAACUGCCCUACCUGGGCUCUGGCUCCGCCUCCGGAGAAGGCCAGUCCACCAAUCAGCAGACUCUCGGCCCCUGCGCCCCGCCCCACAUCAGCGAGAGCGGCAGCGCCGGAAGCGGGAGCGGCUCGUUGGCCAAUCACCAUUCAGGCUCGGUGUUCGGCUCCUCCCACUUCCCCCCCGGCGGCAGCAGCUCCUCCCACUCCUCGCAGCAGGCCGUGUUGCCUCAGUACGGCGGCCGCAAGAUCCUGGUGUGCACGAUGGAUAACUGCUACUGCUCCGGAGUGCCGUCGGUUUCGGGCCACCGCAGCCACCCUCCGUACCCGCGCUCGGGCUCUUUCCCCUGGGUUAGCGCCCAGGACUACCCACCUCCUCCCGCCCUAACCUCUGGAGGUCCGUCCAUGCAGGGCUUGGCGGUGAGGGACUGGAUAGACGCUUCACAGACACACAGACAUGCAGAUUUCUAUGGGCUGUACGGGCAACCUUCUACGAAGCACUACGUCACCAGUUAACAGAGCAGAAAUAUACCUGAUAUCGAGGACAGGCACCAAAAUAGCACACUUUUACAGACUCGUACCCAGAAAAUAAAAAUAACACACUGUACACGCGUCGAAAUAAUGUUUAUAUUCUCACACAGAUCUUAGGACACAUUCGGGGGCAGGGUUGAUCUCUUUGUGUUUUUAUCUUCCUUUAAUUUCAGUCAGUGUUUCAUGUAGUGUAUUAUAGAGAAAACUAACGAGCAGCCAACUGCACAACUUGGCUCAGCAUUUUACGCAUAAAAAAAGGAAUAAUAUUAAUAAUGAAGAAAAGACGCUGAACUAAUCUUAUUAUUUAUAGAGUAGGUCGCAAGUUGAUAGAAAAAUAAACUCUUGUUAGAAAAUCCUUUCAUGCUUCUUCAAGGCUCCUCACUGAGGCUAAAGGGAAAAGGAGAUAAUACCACGCAGUGUUGAGCUGUCCAGUUUUAGCUCGUUUCUCUUGAUAUAAUCAGUUAUCCCGAGGCCGACUGCCUUAUGUUCCGCAUAUUUUUUUCACCACAUAACUGACUUUGUUUGAUCCUUUAAAAAGUGAGGGACUGAAAUUCCUUGUUUUUCUUGAUUUUUAAGCAUCUUGGUAUCGCUUCCUUUCUUUGCGGAGUUUCAGGGAUGAAAUCGUACAGCUUGAAAACAAAAAAAAAAAACGCUCUUCCAUGGAAAACAUCCACAGUGCACUUGUGGACGCCUUCCCAGUCCUACGACUACACACGUCGACACGCAGGGGGACAUCACAGCUGCGUCUUGACGUCCAGUUGACUUCAGCGCUCUGCGUUUUUGAGAAUUUAGCGCUUAUCCGUAACCCCCUUCCUGCUGCCGCAAGAGGACAGAAAACUUUACAAAGACUGGCUCCUUUUGACGAUUACUACAGCUUUGUGUUAUUUGGUACAUCUGUAGGAAUCACGUUUGUCUACAGAGACUGUUUGAGACUGAACAGACCAAACCAAUCCAGCAUCUGGACAAAACGAUGACGAUGCUGUAAUUGUACUUCCUGCAGGGCAAAGAUGUCACUUCCUCUCUAUAAGCACACAAGCUCUUGGCUUCCUGUUUGCAGCUGAAAGAAUGCAAGGAAGAUUUCUCUUUAAGCACUCAAAAGAAGAACAAUUGAAGGAGAGGGGAAAAAACUGCAAGCUCUUUUAAAUUGAGUAUGAAUGAAAACCAGUGGGAGGAACUUUGUUUUUCAUUAACUUUUUCUUAAAAAAACAAAAAACAGACGUGAGCGACGAUUCAUCAUCCUUAAAAAAGGAGCUGUUACAACAGCCGACAUUUACAGGGGGUUAAAAAAAAAGAUAUCUCUUUUUGUAAAUAUUUUGUGAGAAGGAUGAAAACAUGAUUUGGAGAAGGGUUCCAAAUAAACGAACAAAUUCAAUCUGGUCUCUGCUGUUAACUCGUCCAUGUGCAAACCCCAUCAUCUCAAAUAAAAAAGAAAAGUGGUAUUCUAUAUUUUUGUUACUGUAAAUAAAUCCCAUAAAAAAGGCAAAA